AUGCCUGUGGUAGCUGCUAUAUUUACAUUAACAUUUGAGAAAACUAGAAAUGACGAAGAUGAUCCCCUUGUUGUUGAAGCUAAAAAUCAAGAAGACAAGUUUCAACAGACAACUAGAAAAGACGAAGAUGAUUCCCUCGUCGUUGAAGAUAAAAAUCAAGAAGACAAGUUACAAAAGACAACUGGAACAGACGAAGAUGAUGAUUCCCUUAUUGUUGAAUUUGGAAUUCAAGAAUAG